CAAUCAGAGGGCCGGGCGAUGAUGUCAUGGGGGGGCGCUGGGGACCCCCCGCCCGGGAUCUUCCAAAGCCGCGUUAAAGGAGCCGGGAGAGCGCCAGGAGCAGCGCGACCACCGCCGUGGGGCCCAGGAUCGCUCUUCCUGCAGAAUUCCAAGAAUUUCCUCACCAUGACUCUGGCAGCCUACAAGGAGAAGAUGAAGGAGCUGCCCCUCGUCUCCCUCUUCUGCUCCUGCUUCCUCUCGGAUCCCCUCAACAAACCGACCUACGCCUACGAAGACACGGUGGACCUGACCUGGUGCGUCAUCUCCGACAUGGAGGUGAUCGAGCUCAACAAGCGCACCUCGGGCCAAUCCUUCGAGGUCAUCCUGAAGCCUCCGUCCUUCGACGGAAUUCCCGAAUUCAACGCCUCCCUGCCCCGGCGCCGCGACCCUUCCCUGGAGGAGAUCCAGAAGAAGCUGGAAGCGGCCGAGGAGAGGAGAAAGUACCAGGAGGCGGAGCUGCUGAAGCACCUGGCGGAAAAGCGGGAACACGAGCGGGAGGUGAUCCAGAAGGCCAUCGAGGAGAACAACAACUUCAUCAAGAUGGCCAAGGAGAAGCUGGCGCAGAAGAUGGAGUCCAACAAGGAGAACCGCGAGGCGCACCUGGCGGCCAUGCUGGAGCGCCUCCAGGAGAAGGACAAACACGCGGAAGAAGUGAGGAAAAACAAGGAGCUCAAGGAAGAGGCCUCCAGGUAAAGAGGCUCAGCUGGGACUGACAGCUCCGGGGAGGUGCCGGAGGCUUCCAGGCAGCUCCAAGGUCGGAAUGGUGUGGGAAUGGUGGACGUUCCUCUGCUUUCUUUGUUCGUGGAUGUGACGAGUUUUGAGGGGGUGAAGCCAUCGGAGUCGUCGUCGUCGUCGUCGUUCCGGGGGAGGGUGGGGAAGGGGGAAAGGGAUGAGGGCGGGAAUUUUCGGGAUGCCCACCCCCGGCGUGGGUCCUGCCCCCGUCAGCCAGGUCCGGAGGGGACUCGAGGAGGUGAUGCCCCGUGGAGAAAUCCCGGGAAUUGCGGAGCGGGUGGGGAGGGAACUGUGGGGAAUGUGCGUCGUGUGUGACUUUCAUUUGGUGCUGGGCAGGCGGGGGCGGGCGGGAAUCCCUCCGGAGUCUUCUCCAUCCCAUCCCACCCCAUCCCACCCCGUGGGCUGCGGCAUCGCUUGGUGUCCAUCCCUCCCUUGUUCCCACCUGGAUUUGGGAUCUCUUCCCGGAUUUUUUGCCCGUUUUGGGAAGGGGGAGAAGUUUUUUUUGCCCACCACCACGUGAGGUGGUCAGGGAGUGAAAUUCCCUCGCUCCAAAAGUUUUUUCCCAGCUGUUGGAGUGAUCCUUCCCAAGGGUGACAUUGGAAAGCCCCAUGAAUUCCCAAAGAAGAUUUUUUUGUAAGAAAACCUCCCAAAAAAACCCAAUCCCGGUGGGAAUUCUUGGGUGAAAUCCCCCCUUUUCCUGGAAGGGAUCUUUAGGACCAUCCGGUUGGAAAACCAUCGGCUCCUGGAGAUGGAGCAGCAGGAGGGGCUGUGGAGACCACGGUGGAAGGGAGGGAAUGAGGGAAAAUUCGGGAAAAAGCUGGAGGUGGGAUGGAGCCCUGUGGAGAACAGGGAAAAACAUCCAUGGGAACCCCUUGGUGACACCAGGGAGGGUGGAAAACCCUCCCAAUAUUCCAGGAGAUGUUUUUUUUUGGGAGCUGCCAUGGAUCCUGGGAGAUCUUUGCCUCCAGGAAAAGGGCGGGGAGAAGGAAAAUCGGAUUUUCCAGGAGGUGGGGUGGGAAUUCCCUGCAUUCCCAGUUGCUGGAAGGGUUUCCCAGCGCUGCAGCACCCCCAAAAUUCCAACCCGGGUGUGAACGAAGGGUUUGGGUCUCCGCCGUGCCUGGAUGAGACAUUCCGAGCUCCGACCCAAAAUCCUGGGAAAAGGGGGGGAAACGGGAUCGGGGACGGAUUGUGGCACGAGCUGUCCUUUCUUUUGUACACAACGGAUGUAAAUAAAAACUGCCUUGGCCUUUG